GUGGCGCUGUAUGAAAAUAUUUUUGUGUAUGGUGCUCCGAGUAUUUGGUGAUUUCCUUGAGGAUUUACAUCUAAACACAUUUCUACUGGAAUCUGAUUUGACUAUAAAGGUUCAAUGUAGCGACCUGUCAACUGCAAACCAGUAGGCGUUUGCCUAAAUCAUGGAUAUUGAUGGAUAAAUCCACGCUGUGACCGUUAGGAAUAAUUUUCAAUAUGGCGUCUGAUUUUGAAAUUGACCCGUGCAUGGAUAACCUGCUUAGAACUGUUGAAUGCACACCGAGGUAUGAAAUUGUUGAACAGUUAUCUAUGGACUAUGAUGAGGAUAUGCUAUAUGAGGUUAGAUCAUAUCAAUUUUCUAUGGUGGAAAAAUCUAUAUCUACUUUGUGCGAGGAUCGUUUCGGACCCCAAACAGCUAGGGGUGAGGACCAAAUGGUGGAUCUCAAGAUCAAGCGUAGGAAAGGAGAUAAUAAACUUGUAAGUUAUGCCAACGACAUAUAUGACAUGUAUGUAUAUCUAAUGGGGCUAACGGAACACUUUCCGCGUAGUAUUUUGGCCCCCACUAGCGUAUUACCGGAGGAAAUUACAUGUAUAAAGGACCUACGCUCUACCCUUAGGGAACGAACCGUAUGUAAGGAUAUGGCAGAUAACUCGAAUGCUGCAGAAUAUCAAGCACGUCUGAGUAUUUUAACCAGCUCAAACGAUGAGCUGAAGUUGGAAAUUCAGAACAUGAAACAGGCUCACAAAGGUCAACUUGACAUUCUAACCAAGCGAGUCAAGGAACUUGAAUGUAAAAUAGGUCAACUGCAAGGGUGUACACUGCCUCUCACUUAUAAUGAGACUAAGAAGCCAAUCAGUGUGGGGUCCAUCGAUACACAACGAUCAGCUGAUUGUAAUGUUACUGUGACUGAGCAGCCGAGUGAUGACGCGUGUGUUGAUAAACAAAGAUCAGCUGUUGAUGUUGACGCUUUGAUCACCAAAUCGAGCAAUCGUACACAUGAGGUACGGCCCCAAGUUCCAUCCAUGGGACGGGGCAGGGGGAGGGGACGCAGCGUAUCGGCACCUGAUGGUAGAAUGCCUGGGAUUACCCGCCAUGCUCCCUUUCCGACUAAAUCAACCCCGAGACCUGCACCCGCACCUCAGCCCGACCAACAGUCAACUACACAGCGAAGAAUUGAGGUGGUUUUAGGUUCGAAACCGAGUAGCGACGAUAAUGCCGUGUCAUGGUCACAGGUCGUUCGCAGGAAGAAAUCUCAACCUACCGUUCGUCGACAUAUCCCUAAUAAAGCAGCUGUUGAUAAACCAGUGCGAUCUUUGAGAGGGGUUAAACGUGAAAAGGGUGUAACAUUGUAUGUUGAAAAUAUCGAGAAAGAGGAAGGCGAAAGUGACAUUAACAUUAAGCAGCAAGUAAUAUUACAGGCUAAACUAAACAAUAUACGUGUAAUGCAAUGUUAUGUGAUUCAUAACAGGGUGUCUGAAUAUAACGUGGGCUGUAAAAUAACAGUUCCAGUAUCAUCGGUACAACUUGCGUUGUUGGAGAGCAGUUGGCCAGCACCAAUAAAGUGCCGAGAAUGGGUGUCUCGUCGGUCCUAUAAUAAUAGUCCGAUGGACGACGCCGAUCUUGAUUACAGUGAUAUCUAUCAUUCAACCAAGGAAUAUGACGGUUAUUCAAAUACAGAGUGUCGCGAUUACGGCUAUACAAACGAUAAUGUUGACUGAUGGCUGGCCUGACAAUUAUGUUAUAUUUUGUGUAUAUAGUUCAGUUUCUGCUUUUGACACACACGCCAUCAAUGAACUGCACUGGUAACAAUAAAAAUGAUGGGCCAGUAAAUCUUGAUUUUUCUCUUAAUAUUGCAUCUUGGAAUGCGAACGGUUUGGGCAUCUCCAAACCUUAUCUGUCAC